AUGGAGGGUUGUGGAGUCCGGGUGGUGAGCCGACGCCUGUUCAAGGCCUCGGCGCCCUCCAUGGAGCCGCAUGUGAUGGCAGUCUCAAACCUUGACCUCUUCUCAAACCUCGUGCAACUGUCUAUGGUAUGUGUGUACCCCAAGCCCAAGCCCAGCGGUGCCGGCGACACCUUCCAAGGCAUUGUUGCCACCUUCGAGACCCACCUGCCGGCGUACCUCAACUAUUUCUUCCCUCUUGCCGGCCGCAUCCUGGUGGAUCCCAUCUCGGGCCUCCCCGAGAUACACUGCUACAACCAAGGGGCAGAGCUGAUCGUGGCGGACGCCGGCGUGGAGCUGCAGGUCCUGGACUGGGGCCUGACGGAGGGGUCCGUGAGGGCGAUCAUGGUUCCAUACGCCGCCGAGGUGGCGCUGUCGGUGCAGCUGGUGUCCUUCUCCUGCGGCGGAUUCGCCGUGGUGUGGGCCACCAAUAACCUCAUCGGCGACGGGAAUGUGAUGGUGAUGAUGGUGAGGAUGUGGUCGGAGCUGGUCCGGAUGGGGAGCAUCUCCAAGGACGGUGGCCCCAACCAUGACCGGUCCGUGUUCAGGCCUCGCGAGCGGCCGUGGUACGGCCCCGCGGUGGCCAAGAUGUUCACGCGGUGGGAGCAGGAGCAGGAGGUGAACGCUCUGACGGUGGAGGAGAGCUUCGUGGAGCGGCUCUACUACGUGGAGGCUCGCGACAUUGCCAUGUUGCGGGGCAAGAGCGGAGGCACGCGCGUCCAGGCCUUGUCCGCCUACCUGUGGAAGCUCCUGGCGGGCAUGGUGGCCAAGUCCAAGCUCCUGAGCGAGGGCGAGAAGCGGUGCCGCAUGAUAUGGUGGGUGGACGGGCGGCGGUGCCUGCGCUUGUCGCCGUCGCUGCGCAACUACGUCGGCUGCGUCACGGCCUAUGCGCUUGGGGAGGCGGCGGCGGCGACGGUGCUCAGCGCGCCGCUGGCGGGGGUGGCGGACAUGGUGCGCGAGGCCAUCACGACGGUGGACUACGAGGAGCUGUACCAGCAGAUGGUGGACUACAUGGAGGUGCACAAGCCCGGGAGGUACUACGAGGCCGCCACGGUGGGGCUCGGUGGCGCCACGCUGGGGCAGACCUACUGGUCCUCCUUCCCCAACGACUCCGACUUCGGCUUCGGCCAGGCCGGCUUGGCCAUGCUCGUGCACGGCUGCCUCGGCAGGAUGUGCAUGGGCCUCAUGUGCAUCGCGGCUAAGCCAGGGGACCCCGAAACAUUCAUCCUCAGCGCAUACGUGUGGCGGCGGAUGGCCGCGGCGCUUGAUUCCGACGAGCAGGGCAUCUUCAAGCCGCUCACCGCCGAGUACCUUGGGCUCUGACCACUCUCGAUCUGCCUCCAAAUUCAAAUUAUAAUAAUCAUAAUAAGUUUACUAGUAUGUGGUAAGUCUUUCCAUUUUACAACACUAUGCAUGUCGUCGUUAUUCUUCCGUCUUUGAUCUGUUGAGUGUGACCCAGAAAUAAAUCUAUUGUUCCAUACACAGUCAC